UUACAAAAGAAAAAAAUAAACUUCAUAAUUUUAUAAAUAUCUCUUAGGGGCUGACAAGUGUCAUGAAAACAGGAAAAUGCGUUCCAGAUUAUUAGCAAUUCACAAAGGAUUUGCAAGUAUAUCACAGAGCAGAAAAUUGUCUACAAAACCUUCUCGAUGUCAGCCCCACAUGAACGAACUGCCCGUGCCCUGUGGGCCAUGGGACCCAUGGUACAGACAAAAACAAAGGUUCUAUAUGAGGCAUUUCUUGUUGGGACUCGCUUGGUGGCUGUUCUCAUUUGGUUUGGCCAUAUACACUGAUAGUUUAUAUCUGAACUUUUCCCCGCCAGCAUUUCCAUCUCCUCCGAGCGAUUUUGUGGAAGAGUGCGAUGAUUCUGAUACGUGAUAUGCCAGACUUUGAUAGAAGGGUUUAUUUUAAUUUAUAUAACCAUUAUAAAGAUACUAAUUUUUAGCCUUCCGAGUAACGAGUGGCGAUAUUAUAUGUCGCACGUUUUAAGCUAAAGAUAUUAUUUUCUAAUUAUUUGCAUAAUUAGUUGUACAAAACCGAUAAAAGCAUUGUUUUCCA